AUGUGCCGUGGGCGCAGCUGCCGGUUCGAUGCGGCCCGGGGCCCCCGCCGGCUGAUGCGCGCCGGCCUCGCCUUGAUCCUAGUGGGGCAUGUGAACUUGUUGGUGGGAGCAGUGCUUCACGGCACCGUCCUACGGCACGUGGCGAACCCCGGCGGAGGCAUCACCCCCGAGUACACCACGGCCAAUGUCGUCUCCGUGGUCUCCGGCCUUCUGAGCGUGGCCGCGGGACUUGUGGCGCUGCUGGCCUCCAAGAACCUCUUCCUGGCCCCGCUGCACUGGGCCUUGCUAGCAGUGUCCUUGCUGAAUCUGCUCUUGUCCGCCGCCUGUUCCCUUGGUCUGCUCCUGGCAUUCUCGAUGACCGUGGCCAACGGAGGCCGACGCCUUCUCGCUCAGUGCUACCAGGGCGCCAACGACCCUUGGGCAGCCGCUGACGACUGCCCUUUUGACCCCACCCGAAUCUACGAGACUGCCCUGGCUCUCUGGUUUCCGUCAAUGCUCAUGGCUGCAUCCGAGGCUGCUUUGUCUGGAUACUGUUGUGGGGCUGCACUAGCUCUUCGGGGGUUCCAGCCCUGUGGGGAGGAAGGACUUCUGCAACAGCUUCAGGAACUAGGAGAGCCUGAAUUCCCCCAAGGGAAAAGGCAGGAAAGUGAACACCUUUUGGAGCAAAGCCAAGUAAUCAAGACAGCGAGGAAAGUCUGGGUUUAGGACAGCAGUUCCUGUGAAUGGAGCUAACAAGCCCUGGGUGACAAUCUUCUUUCCUUCCUAAAACCACAGAAAAACUAACUCAGAUUGUGAUGUAAAUAAUUGUAAUA